GUUCAUGGAUUUGCCGAUCCAAAGGCCUGACUCAGGAGCUAUCCUGUGCCACCUGUACCAUCAAGAUCAAGAUCGAGCUGCAGUUGACAAGUUACAGCUGGACAAACUUCGGUGCCGAAACUUUAGACGAUGGGUGACGAGGAGGAGCAUGUUGACCCGAAGAAGCUGACGUCCCUGAGUGACAUCAAGAGGGCGUACGAGAAGUUAUGUGAGGAAGAGGUAGCAGUUGCUGAACGACUUGAGUGGAGUGUUGGAAACCGUCACCAUCUUGAGGCACGACUGUCCCAACUUGCCCGCCUGGUCCCUACCCUACAACUGGUUCAGGCUGAUGCAAGACAGCUGGAGAACACCAUAUCCUUUACACAUCAGCUGGCCAACAAUGUCUCGGCCAAAGUACGGCAGCUGGACUUGGCAAAGAGCCGAGUUGUGGAGACACAGGCGAGGGUUGGAGAUCUGCUAGACUUGGAAGGCUGCAGUGGAGGAGUGGCCACAGCAUUAGCACAGGAAGACUAUGAGACUGCUGCCGCCCACAUCCAUCGGUUUUUAGCCAUGGACGAAACACUGCUCCUGCACACCACUGAUUCUGCCAGCAAAGCUGAAAAUGUGGAGACUUGGUUUGACCGACUGCGGCAAGCAGAGAAGGAGUUGAGCUCACUGAUCACCCACAAGUUUGAUGAAGCUGUCAAGAGGGAGGACAUGGCUAGUGUGGACAGGUUCUUCAAGCUCUUUCCUUUACUAAACAAACAUGAAGAAGGUUUGAAGAAGUUCACUACUUAUUUGUGUGCAAAGGUUCAGGAAUCUACUGCCCAAAACCUAGCAGCAGCUCAGAAUCUUGGUCCAAGAGAGAAGCGCUCCCAUGUUAUUUGGGCAGAUACUUUCACACUCCUUUUUGAGGGAAUUGCAAGAACUAUUGAAGUCCGACAACCUAUUAUUGAGACAUAUUACGGUCCUGGUCAUCUUUCCCUGGUUGUGGAAAUGCUGCAGCGUGAGUGUGACCGGCAAGCUGGCCGCAUCGGCUCUGAGAUGAGGAAGCACAGGCGACUUGAUGCUGUUGUGUCAGCUGUGCGAAGCUCUCUUAGAUUUGGGGCAGGGAGGGAACCACGGGCAGACCAGCCGGAUCCCAGGGACCUGGACACCUUGCUGGGAGAGCUUACCCUCAUCAAUGCCCGAGCAGAACUUUAUUUACGCUUCAUCCGGAGGCGGGUUACUGCUGACUUUGAAGCAUCUCUUCCUGAGGCGGCAGAAAGGGAAAAGAAAGAAACAGAAUUUGAGGGACGUUUGUCACAGUCACAGCUGGUGUGUGACAUGGCUGUCAUUGUAGGUGACUACACCAUACUGGAACAGUUUUAUCUUAAUGAGUCCUUCAAAAAGGCAUUAAUCAUGGACACUGUGGAAGAUGCAGCCCAUACAUCUUCAAUAGUGGAUGAUGCCUUUUACAUAAUCAAAAAGAGUAUAAGGCGGUCCAUUGCCUCAAGCAGCGUGGAUGGAGUGUGCGCAAUGCUGAACCACGCUGUCACCUUGGUGGAAACCCAACUGGCAGAAGGCUUCAGGCAGACACUGAGGAAAGGCUUUCCUGCUCAAGGCUAUCUUGAUCUUAACCAGGCAUACACUGUGUUGCAGUCUUCUUUACAGUCAACACUUCAAGCUGGAAAAAUCAACUCCACCACAACAGACUCAGAUGCUUUGAGACAAGCAUUUCUGACUGCCCUCAACAACACUGAGACUAGCAUGCGUCAUAUCAGAAGCCUGCAUGCCUCGCUGGAAGACAGCAUUAACAGUGCCAUGGUUGGUCUCAGCAACACUGCUCGGGCAAAGCUGGACUCCUGUCUAAAUGAUUUGAAAGCAACCACAGGCAAGCUUGCAUUAGUUGUGGAAUUUGGGAUAUCGCAGCUGCGAGCAACGGCUGUUAAGCCUCGGGUCAAGCCGUGGGUGGACAUCUUCAACACAACCUCUCAUGACAUCAAGGAGGAAGAAUUUGCUUCAUAUGAAGCAAAUGAUCCUUUUAGCCAAACUCUGAUGGUGCAAGUAGAUGGACUGCUUGGAUCUUUUACCUCUUUGUUGACUGAAGAAAAUUACAAGGCUCUGGUGGGAGUGCUUGUGAGUGAGGUGGCAGAACAGCUUGAAAAAGCAGUCUUCAAGUCCUCUUUUAAUCGGCUGGGUGGCUUGCAGUUUGACCGAGAAGUGCGGGCAAUAGUUGGCUAUUUGUCCCAAGUGUCUGAGUGGGGAGUUCGAGAACACCUUACCAGACUCACACAGAUGGCAACGUUGCUCAACUUGGAAAAUCUUGCAGAGGUUUCAGAAUAUUCAUCUACCACUACCUGGAGACUAACUCCAUCAGAAAUGAGGAAAGUUCUACAACUUAGAGUUGACUUCAAAGCAGAUGAAAUCAAGAGAUUGAAACUUUAAGAAAGUAAUACCUUUGGCAAGUUCAUAAAAUUGUAGAAUGUUUUAGGACUGGUUGUCAUGGCUGCAGUGGUGGUAAGCUAUCCUGGUUUCACAGGUGUCUAGUUCUUGCCCAUGAUAUUCAAGUAUUUAGUGCUGUACCGAUAUUUACACUAAUAAUUUUUCCCCCUUAAGUCAAUGAAAUUUGAUGGAAAAAUAUACUUGAGAAGCAGAUACUCACCUUGGUUGUGGCCAGUUUCAGCUCAUGAAAUUUUAGGUGAUAAUGCAAUUGUUAAAGUAUUUGCUUUAUAAUGUUAUUUGAGAGCUUCAUGGGUAUGUAGUGAGUGAUUACAGGCUACUUUUAAAUGUUAGGUUGCUUGUGUUCUAUAUAUAAUAGGAGAGAGAGAGAGAGAGAGAGAGAGAGAGAGAGAGAGAGAGAGAGAGAGAGAGAGAGAGAGAGAAUAAGUGGGGGAUACAUUGUCAAAUAUCCUGGCUUGAGUUUUGUUGUCCUGGUAGUGUGAGAGAUAAGGAGGUGAAAGGCGCCUUGUAGAGUGAUAUAAGUGUUUGCAAAGAUUAAGAUGUAAAUGAUAAAUGUAAAUGCUGUAUUGCUGAGGAACCUGAUAAAUGUAAAUGCUGUAUUGCUGAGGAACCUAAGUGUUAAAAUUUGAAUUCUAAUAGAUGAAAGUGUGGCUGGUAUAGAUGGCAUGCAUGGGAGAAGCUUGUAUGGAGAAAUAAGAUGUUAAUUGAAAUAUAGAUGUAAUAUGGUCUGAAAGUGUUGGGAGGGAAAGAUGAAGAUAUGUAUGUAUAUAUGCUUGCUUGAUCUCUGAAUUGUGAUAGUAGUUGAUGUGAGAAUGGUGCACUAUCCAAACAAAAACUAGACAUUCUCUUCCCCUGUACACCACUCUCAAACUAAUUCCCAUCACAAUUCAGAUGUCAAGCAUACAUACAUAUCUUUAUCUUUCCCUCCCAACUCUCUCAGAUCUGACAGUGUUCUUAUUACAUUUCUGGACACAUCCAUAGCACGUAUGUUGUAAAUAAAUUCCAAUU